AUGAGUGACGCUGUUUGUGGUCCAUCCAACGCUUUGCAGGACUUGCGCAAAAAUGCGUCUGUGGAUCGAACUCUUCAGCAGGAUCGCCUAGCUACCCAGCAGCCGCAAGGACAUGGUUUCCGAUCUCAAACCCCGCGGGAUGGUAUCCUUGACCCGGAGUUCGCCGCCUUUGAAGCUGGAUAUGAUAUCAAUCCACUGGAGUAUACUGCACAGCACCCUGCAAACUAUGGUGCUCCUGCACAGCAUCGAGAAGCUGCUCCGCCAAGCGCUAAUUGGGCAUCGGAUUUUCAAAGACUGAACAUUGCCGGACCUGCUCAACCUCAAAUGCAAGGGCCGCCAAGCGCUAAUUGGGCAUCGGAUUUCCAAAGACUGAAAAUUGCCGGACCUGCUCAACCUCAAAUGCAAGGGCCGCCAGCUUACAAACAAGUAUCUUAUCGAGAAUGGCAGGAGGAGUUUAUGAGACAGCAAAAUCGCUCCCAGCAAGCUUCUGCACAUCUACAGAACCAUCCAAUCGCAAACCGCGGAUAUCUGCCUGCUUUGACGCCCAACUAUUCCAUGGGGAAUGCCUUCGCUCUUCAACGUCAAGCUUCCCAGGCAGAACCUGCCAGACAGGUCACACCUGCUCAACAAUAUGAUGAAGCUGCCUUUGCAGCUGCAUUUCAGCAAGCUCAAGCAGAUAUGGAAUCACAGGAAAUCGAAACUGCCCAGAGUACUGAGGAGUAUUGGUGGGAGCAAGAGGCUGAGAAAAUAACAGGGACUCCUGUGACUGAUGCAACUGAUGAAUCUGAUGCUCCAGUUUAUGAACAAAAUGAACCGGCACAACAAAGUGAACCUGUUACUAUCCGAAUUGGAUCUGAUAAUAUCAAUGACUCGCAAAAUCGCGUCCACAACGCGGAUGCUCUCGCUCAUACAGCUGGGGAGCUUCUCAAUGGUAUCAGUCAUGAACAAAGCGACAAGUUCAAACAGAGCAACUUCCUAGCAUUGAUGCGUCGAAUCCGUGAUCGUGAAGUCGAGGUGCAGGGAGAUGAGUUCCGUGAGGUUGGUAACAACAUGUAG